UGGAGAUCCCUUACAGGAUGUCUGUCACCCCACUGAGCCCCUCCUACAGUUUAGGGGUCACACCCACUUGAAUGUUCUUCAUAUGACGAACCUCCACCAGCCGAGUCUCCAACAGAGCAAAUGAGGAAAAUAUGAUAUAUUAUGAUUUAUGUUAGUAACAAUACAAUAUGGGAAUUUUAUCCCAAAGCUACCUACAGCUAACAUAUAUAUUUAUGUAUGUGAUCUAUGUAAAUAAAGGAGUAUAACACAGCUGUAAAACUGUGAAGGACUAUAUGGUGGAGGCCUACCCAUUUCCCAGGAGCAUUGUAAAAAGUGGAUUUGGGUACAGUGUUUAUUUCCCCCUAAUAUCUUUGAAGAUUACACCUAAAAUAAUUAGGCCUACUUCUUUCUACUGCUGAUCUGAGACCAUUAGGGUUAAACACUACAGAUAUAAAUGCAAUAUAUGGAGUAGAAAAGAUUGCCUGCCCACCAAAGAAUCAACAUACGUUCUACAUGGUCUAUUUCUAUCUGAAUGUAACACCUCAAUCAAGCUUGUUAAUUGAUCGUUAAGUCCUGUUUGUCAGGUAAAAGGUCAUUAGUGGCCUAUAUAAGCCUCAUACAGGCCACGGGAAGACGUUACCUGUUGAUAACACAGACUAUUCUCAUGAUCAUGGGAGGUGUGAGAGAAUUACUGCUCUUUGCGAUGACUGUGGGGGUUGUCAAAGUUUCUUGUUACCCUGUUGGAAAGUCCCAGAAGCAAGAGCAAGUCUCUCUGCAGAGCAGACUUGGAGAGCUGUCAUCAAAUGACGUCUCCAUUGUGCAUGCCCUGGCCUUGCUCCGAUCCAUAGGGUCUGACGCUAAACAAGACAGAGAAGAGAAUUUAGAGACUAAUGAAGUAGAAUCCCAAGCUUCUCCAAACCAUGGUAGCUCUACGGCAAAUGAUGCCCUGUCCUCUGACGACGCUACCUCUGGAGCUGCCCCUGGCCCGUCUGACGACGCUACCUCUGAAGCUGCCCCUGGCCCGUCUGACGACGCUACCUCUGAAGCUGCCCCUGGCCCGUCUGACGACGCUACCUCUGAAGCUGCCACUGGCCCGUCUGACGACGCCACCUCUGAAGCUGCCACUGGCCCGUCUGACGACGCCACCUCUGAAGCUGCCACUGGCCCGUCUGACGACGCCACCGCUGAAGCUGCCACUGGCCCGUCUGACGACGCUACCGCUGAAGCUGCCACUGGCCCGUCUGACGACGCUACCGCUGAAGCUGCCACUGGCCCGUCUGACGACGCUACCGCUGAAGCUGCCACUGGCCCGUCUGACGACGCUACCGCUGAAGCUGCCACUGGCCCGUCUGACGACGCUACCGCUGAAGCUGCCACUGGCCCGUCUGACGACGCUACCGCUGAAGCUGCCACUGGCCCGUCUGACGACGCUACCGCUGAAGCUGCCACUGGCCCGUCUGACGACGCUACCGCUGAAGCUGCCACUGGCCCGUCUGACGACGCUACCGCUGAAGCUGCCACUGGCCCGUCUGACGACGCUACCGCUGAAGCUGCCACUGGCCCGUCUGACGACGCUACCGCUGAAGCUGCCACUGGCCCGUCUGACGACGCUACCGCUGAAGCUGCCACUGGCCCGUCUGACGACGCUACCGCUGAAGCUGCCACUGGCCCGUCUGACGACGCUACCGCUGAAGCUGCCACUGGCCCGUCUGACGACGCUACCGCUGAAGCUGCCACUGGCCCGUCUGACGACGCUACCGCUGAAGCUGCCACUGGCCCGUCUGACGACGCUACCGCUGAAGCUGCCACUGGCCCGUCUGACGACGCUACCGCUGAAGCUGCCACUGGCCCGUCUGACGACGCUACCGCUGAAGCUGCCACUGGCCCGUCUGACGACGCUACCGCUGAAGCUGCCACUGGCCCGUCUGACGACGCCGCUACCUCUGAAGCUGCCACUGGCCCGUCUGACGACGCUACCUCUGAAGCUGCCACUGGCCCGUCUGACGACGCUGCCACCACAGGCCCGUCUGACGACGCCACCGCAGCCACUGGUUUGUCUGACGACGCUACCUCUGAAGCUGCCACUGGCCCGUCUGACGACGCCACCUCUGAAGCUGCCACUGGUCCGUCUGACGACGCCACCUCUGAAGCUGCCACUGGUCCGUCUGACGACGCCACCUCUGAAGCUGCCACUGGCCCGUCUGACGACGCCACCUCUGAAGCUGCCACUGGCCCGUCUGACGACGCUGCCACUACCUCUGAAGCUGCCACUGGCCCGUCUGACGACGCUGCCACUACCUCUGAAGCUGCCACUGGCCCGUCUGACGACGCUGCCACUACCUCUGAAGCUGCCACUGGCCCGUCUGACGACGCUGCCACUACCUCUGAAGCUGCCACUGGCCCGUCUGACGACGCUGCCACUACCUCUGAAGCUGCCACUGGCCCGUCUGACGACGCUGCCACUACCUCUGAAGCUGCCACUGGCCCGUCUGACGACGCUGCCACUACCUCUGAAGCUGCCACUGGCCCGUCUGACGACGCUGCCACUACCUCUGAAGCUGCCACUGGCCCGUCUGACGACGCUGCCACUACCUCUGAAGCUGCCACUGGCCCGUCUGACGACGCUGCCACUACCUCUGAAGCUGCCACUGGCCCGUCUGACGACGCUGCCACUACCUCUGAAGCUGCCACUGGCCCGUCUGACGACGCUGCCACUACCUCUGAAGCUGCCACUGGCCCGUCCGACGACGCUGCCACUACCUCUGAAGCUGCCACUGGCCCGUCCGACGACGCUGCCACUACCUCUGAAGCUGCCACUGGCCCGUCCGACGACGCUGCCACUACCUCUGAAGCUGCCACUGGCCCGUCCGACGACGCUGCCACUACCUCUGAAGCUGCCACUGGCCCGUCCGACGACGCUGCCACUACCUCUGAAGCUGCCACUGGCCCGUCUGACGACGCCACCUCUGAAGCUGCCACUGGCCCGUCUGACGACGCCACCUCUGAAGCUGCCACUGGCCCGUCUGACGACGCCACCUCUGAAGCUGCCACUGGCCCGUCUGACGACGCCACCUCUGAAGCUGCCACUGGCCCGUCUGACGACGCCACCUCUGAAGCUGCCACUGGCCCGUCUGACGACGCCACCUCUGAAGCUGCCACUGGCCCGUCUGACGACGCCACCUCUGAAGCUGCCACUGGCCCGUCUGACGACGCCACCUCUGAAGCUGCCACUGGCCCGUCUGACGACGCCACCUCUGAAGCUGCCACUGGCCCGUCGGACGACGCCACCUCUGAAGCUGCCACUGGCCCGUCGGACGACGCCACCUCUGAAGCUGCCACUGGCCCGUCUGACGACGCCACCUCUGAAGCUGCCACUGGCCCGUCUGACGACGCCACCUCUGAAGCUGCCACUGGCCCGUCUGACGACGCCACCUCUGAAGCUGCCACUGGCCCGUCUGACGACGCCACCUCUGAAGCUGCCACUGGCCCGUCUGACGACGCCACCUCUGAAGCUGCCACUGGCCCGUCUGACGACGCCACCUCUGAAGCUGCCACUGGCCCGUCUGACGACGCCACCUCUGAAGCUGCCACUGGCCCGUCUGACGACGCCACCUCUGAAGCUGCCACUGGCCCGUCGGACGACGCCACCUCUGAAGCUGCCACUGGCCCGUCGGACGACGCCACCUCUGAAGCUGCCACUGGCCCGUCGGACGACGCCACCUCUGAAGCUGCCACUGGCCCGUCUGACGACGCCACCUCUGAAGCUGCCACUGGCCCGUCUGACGACGCCACCUCUGAAGCUGCCACUGGCCCGUCUGACGACGCCACCUCUGAAGCUGCCACUGGCCCGUCUGACGACGCCACCUCUGAAGCUGCCACUGGCCCGUCUGACGACGCCACCUCUGAAGCUGCCACUGGCCCGUCGGACGACGCCACCUCUGAAGCUGCCACUGGCCCGUCGGACGACGCCACCUCUGAAGCUGCCACUGUCCCGUCUGACGACGCCACCUCUGAAGCUGCCACUGGCCCGUCUGACGACGCCGCCACUACCUCUGAAGCUGCCACUGGCCCGUCGGACGACGCCACCUCUGAAGCUGCCACUGGCCCGUCGGACGACGCCACCUCUGAAGCUGCCACUGGCCCGUCGGACGACGCCACCUCUGAAGCUGCCACUGUCCCGUCGGGCGACGCCACUGGUCCGUCUGACGACAAUACCUCUGAAGCUGCCACUGGUCCGUCUGACGACGCUAGCGCUGCCACUGGUCCGUCUGACGACGCUAGCGCUGCCACUGGUCCGUCUGACGACGCUACCUCUGAAGCUGCCACUGGCCCGUCUGACCAUGCCAUUGAGGAACUGUUCACUUCUGCAUCUGAGUCCCCGUUGACCACAAACAUGGAUAUCUGAUGUGGGACAUGGUGCUCGGGGUCCAUGCAAGAGUUCAUGGGUAUUCUAGUCCAGGUUGUGUGUGUAACUGCAUUUUUUGUUUUGGCUCAAUUAAACGUUAACUGUAA